ACAACACGCUGCGCCGAGGGCCUUUCCCAAUCGAUAGGAUAUUAAUUCAAUCACGACUCUGGACAUACUUCACCAAAGAGUCGCAAGCCCCUAUACCACCACUGUGCGGAGCCCUGGGAGCCCGCGCACUUGAACGGCCGCCAUGACCUCUACCGAGGAGCCACCGUCUUCGCCUGCGUUGCAUAGUGGCUCAUCACUAGAGGAAGAACUAGCAUACUACAAGUCACAGUACGAACAGCUUGAGCUAGAGCUCCAAGACUUCCAGGCCAGCAGUAAGGAUCUUGAGGCGGAACUGGAAAAAGAUGUGGAGGCAAGCGAGAAAAGAGAGCGGCAGCUCAAGGAAAAGGUGGAGAGCUUGGGCUACGAGGUUGACGAGUGGAAGACAAAGCACAAACAGUCCAAAGCUGAGGCGAAUUCGGCACAGAACACGUUGCAGAAGGAGAUCACAGCAUUACGCGACAGCCAACGCACACUUCAGUUAAAGCUAAGAGAUGUUGAAGUCGUGAAUGACGACUUCGAGCGCCAAGCCAGGAACACUAGCUCAUCGUUGGAAGAUGUAGAACAGAAGUACAAUCAGGCUAUAGAGCGUGGUGUGAUGAUGGAAGAGGAGCUCAAAGUCAUGGAGCAGGAGCGUGAACAAUUGCGCAUAGAGACUCAACGGCUGCGCGAUGAGCUCUCGGACUUGAGAAUCGAAGCGGAAAUCACCCACGAGAAGCUUCGGCACGCAGAGGAAACAAUUCAAAGACACCAUGAGUCCAGAUCGAUUUUGCAUUCGACGGAUACCUUACGCCCGCCCUCUCCGAUGUCCGAGGCAUCGACCUCUGCCACCACGCUUUCUUCUCCCACAAAUUCUACACCACCCUCGAAACUAGGGGCAUCGAUAAAUGCACCCACGCCUCCUUCACCGCCUCUAUCAGACGCCGCUCCUGUAGCCCAUAAGCGCACUCCGACAACACCUGCGCCGAUUCGAAAGCAGACCGUGGUCGAUGCAAAUGCAACACCAAGACCUGGAUACUAUAGCUCACGUGCCCCACGUCACUCAAGAGGGCCUUCAAUACCUGUUAGUGCGUCCGGACGCACAACGCCGUCAGUACCAGCAUCAGUACCUCGACGAACAACAACAUCAAGACCUAGCAUGAGUCUACAGCCUGAACUCCCACGCUCUGGCUCCCUCAUGCAGAUUCGUGGGCUAACGGCAAGACUUCAGAAACUUGAGGAGCGUGUUCACACAACGAGAUCCAAGCUUCCUGCACCAGUCAACACGCCGCCACGUGCAUCGCCUCGCAAUGGUUCGGCAUUGGGGCAUCACAUCCCAACGACGGUCACUGUACGUAGUAACAGGAAACGUGCAAGUGGCAGUACAACGUCGUCUGUGGUGAUAGGUGGUAAUGGAGAUACAGGCAGCCGGCAGUCCGUCUCGCGGCUCUCCUUUGGGAUGCCUCAACGACCGCCGUCGGCGAUGGACAGGACUACCGCGAGCAGCAGACCAAGCAGUCGGGCGAGCAUCGGCGGCAGCCAACAACAUGUCCGACCAAGUAGCAGGAGCAGCAUGUCUGGCGCGAGGACACCACUCGGGCACUAUCCAUCAAGGCCCCGGUCAAGCAUGUCAUUAACAGCCGAAGACAAGGAUAUGGACAGCGGCAUUCCUACGCCAGUCGUACGUCGGACCACACUUGACAAGAAUUCUACCGGUAUUCCUACUCCCUCCGGACUCCCACGUCGGCAGAGCGGUGGCUUUCCUCCGGCUCGGCGGACCAGUGCUGCAGGGAUCGAAGGCGAUAUGCCACCACCAGCAAGUCGCCAUCGGAAACUGAGUGAUCUUGGAGAGACUUACUGAUGGUGUUUGGAAUUGUUGAUGUUGAAAGGCUUACGAACUGGUAUAUUAAUGAACGGCUUACGAGCGUUUGGGGAAGAUGGAUAGAUGGGGCGAGUGGGAGUUUGGGUUGAGGACCAGAUCAAAACAUCUGCAACUCACUCCACGAACUUGUUUUACGUGUGAGGCGCUUCGCAACGAAUUGAUACCACUGAACGGAGACUCAUCCAAUCCGCUUUCAUAUGACAUGACCUUUUAUUUGUUGAACAACGAGAUUUAGUCAGCGUCUGAUGUGACAUAUCG